GGCAAGUCUGUCUUUUAGACCAGAUGUCAGUCGUCAGAUUAGCAGUUAGGCCAGACACUAAACAUUUUUAAUUGGUAGAUUUUAAAACACAAGACCAAGAGAUCGUUCUUUUAAUGUGAACUGUACAUGUUAAGUUACAGUAGCUGCUUUAAUUAGGGAUGUGGCUUUAAAUACAAAAGUACUUCCUCUAGCGUCUUUUUUUUUUAAUAGCUGGAAGUAAUUUUUGGUUCUUUAAAAAAUACAUAUGCAAACCACAGCCUGUUGCCAUGGCUACUACUGUAUGCUAAUGUGAAUAGCUUAUUUCACAUUCUUAAACCUAUAGGGUUGGGGAAGCAUAAUUAUUCUGGUCUUUCACUAUUUCCCCUUUAGCUAGGCCACCAUCCUUCUACUGCGAAGAAAGAAUGUUGUAAUUAGCCCAGAGUGCACAGCAGAACAGAGCUCUUCGAGGUGGUGGUGGCUGUGUCACUGUAUUAUUUAAGCAGCUUUAAGACCUAACCUACACUUGAGGCAAAACAGAGCAAGAGGAAGCCGUCUUCUAUCUACUGAAGGGUCGAUGCUCAAGAGAGAACUGCAAAUAUCUUCACCCACCCCCACACUUAAAAACACAGUUGGAGAUAAAUGGACGCAAUAACCUGAUUCAGCAGAAGAACAUGGCCAUGCUGGCCCAGCAAAUGCAACUAGCCAAUGCCAUGAUGCCUGGUGCCCCAUUACAACCUGUGAACUAUAUGCCUCAGUCAUUCCAAAAAAGAGGGGGGGAGGGAUCUCCAUAUUACAUCGACAUUGAUACCAAUUAUCAAUACCAUACGUUCAAGUUACAAAAUGUCAACUUUUUCAAAGAAGUUAUGCCAAUGUUUUCAGUUGCACCAAGUUUAGCCACUAAUGCAUCAGCAGCCUUUAAUCCCUACCUGGGGCCUGUCUCCCCAGGCUUGGUCCCAGCAGAGAUCUUACCAACUGCACCGAUGCUGGUUGCAGGGAAUCCUGGUGUCCCCGUUCCCGCAGCUGCUGCUGCUGCUGCACAGAAAUUAAUGAGGACGGACAGACUGGAGGUAUGUCGAGAGUAUCAGCGUGGCAAUUGUAAUAGAGGAGAAAAUGAUUGCCGGUUUGCUCAUCCUGCUGACAGUGCAAUGAUCGAUACCAACGACAACACAGUUACUGUCUGCAUGGAUUACAUCAAAGGGAGGUGUUCACGGGAAAAGUGCAAAUAUUUUCACCCUCCUGCACAUUUGCAAGCCAAGAUCAAGGCUGCCCAGUACCAGGUCAACCAAGCUGCAGCUGCCCAAGCAGCAGCUACUGCAGCUGCCAUGGGAAUUCCUCAAGCUGUACUUCCCCCAUUACCAAAGAGGCCUGCGCUUGAAAAAACCAAUGGUGCCACCGCAGUCUUUAAUACUGGUAUUUUCCAAUACCAACAAGCUCUUGCCAACAUGCAGUUACAACAGCAUGCAGCCUUCCUCCCACCAGGCUCAAUAUUGUGCAUGACACCCGCUACAAGUGUUGUUCCCAUGGUGCACGGUGCUACGCCAGCCACUGUGUCUGCAGCAACAACAUCUGCCACAAGUGUCCCCUUCGCUGCAACAGCCACAGCCAACCAGAUACCCAUAAUAUCUGCCGAACAUCUGACUAGCCACAAGUAUGUUACACAGAUGUAGACAUUUUGUCAUCAAACAAUCAUACUAAAGAGAAAAGGACAGUGUGCUUGGAUAGAGAAAAGGACACGAGCAUUAGCCAUAAUGUAUAUACCGUCAAGCCACACACAAAAAUUCCCUCAGCAGUAAGACAUCGACAUACUGCAUGUUAACAAGAUGAAAUGACAACUUGGAAAUCCACUGCACACUGUUGCCUAUAUACUUUGUACAUUUAAUUGAUAUUUGUGCUGAGGUGAUCUUAUUGUCUAAAUCUACAACAUUGUCUAUCUUUUCUAGCACAGAGGUAUGCCUAUAUAUUUAAAUAUGCAUACAUAGUCUAUUUCCUACAUAAUCAUAUAUGUCAUCUUGAAAAGACAGACUAUGAUGUAAUCAUAAAUCUAUUAUGUAUUGGUACGUCUGUAGACCAAGAUAUAAUUUUUUAAAGUAAGUUUAUUUCUUUCAAGGUUUACAAAUAACAAAGGUGCACCUUGUAUUUAAAAUUGCCAUUAUAGAUGAGAGCGUGCAUGCACAGUAAUUUUUGUUUAAGAGUAAUAUUUUUAAUGUAAUAGAUUGUAAGAAGUGGUAAGAGAGGUAUCUGACAGAGAUGAAUGUGCCAAGCAAAACCACAACUGUGUAUAUUUUAAAGCACAUCAAUGGCUUUAAGUACCAUGUUGUUAAGGAUUCUCAUGAAGUGCCAUAGACUGUACAUCAAAUUAGAGUAUUAUUUCUGCAGUGUUAUUUUCAGAGCCACAUUUUUGCUUAUUUUGUUAGUACUAUUCAGUCAAAGGCACCAUUCUGUUUCAAAACCAAAGCUGUCUCAGAAAUGGCCGAUUCAACCUAUAAUAAAAGUAGACAACAGAAAAACAAACUAUCAGUACAGAUUAACGUAACACAUACUGGACAUAUAAAUAUAUAUAAACUAUUUUAAGGCAUUGUAGUGUAAAAUUUAUGCAUAUUAUACUGAAUAACUCAAUAUACAAAAGGGAAAAGCCAUUUCUGAGACACAAUAACAAAAAUGUUUGAGGAACUUAUUUUGCUUCUAUUUAUAGCCUCUGUCAAAAGUCAAAAGACUAUAAAUGCUUUGCAGAGAUGAAUUUCACUUUUGCUUAAAUGUUUCAUCAAAGUCACACUUCAAAAUAGUGACUCUAAACAAAGAAGAAAGAAGCACUGACAUCAGAUGCAUGAUAAACCAAAAUAUGAAAAAACUGAGAUGUUAAUUAGCAUAGAAUUGGGUGGGUUAAAUACCUGGGUGAGUUUUGUGAUUUUUUUUUUUUUUUUUUGGUUCAGAUUAACUGCUUAUAGCCUUAGAAAGCCUUUACAAAAUAAUAAUAAUAAAAAAAUAGAUGUGCAUUCAAGUUUUUAAGAAUGGAUUCAUCCAAAGGAAUUCCUUUUUGUGGUUUGGAUGUUGCAGUUAGUAAAGGAUAUUUUUGCUCUGUUCAGCAAACUGCUGAAGUGGGGGCCAGGUCACUGGUAGUAUAGCAUGGAGUGGAAGAAGUGUGAGUUCAGUUAUAGAACUUUCCAUACUUCCAAGUUUACUGCAAGUUUUUAUGCUUGAGAGAGAUGCUUUCUAGUAUAAGAAUGAUGUGUUGAUUUUACUGAUUGUACUGUACAUCUAUUAAAGCCUUAGAUUAUUACAUUACGGGUUAAAACCCAUACCAAUGUAAUUUCAAUCGUGUUAAGAAAGUAUAGAUGACUUCACAUGUUAUUGUAGUUACUUACAUUACAGAAUAUUACUUAUUUUUCUUGUUAAAAUGUAGUUUUUAUUUCUUACAUUUAUUAGAUCAUUUUCAUUUUCUAUUACCAGUUGAAUACCAUUUCAGUUUAUAGAAUUUUGUUUUAUUAGACUAUACUGAUGACUUUUUCAAAAUACAAAAAAAAAUAAAAAAAUUAAAAAGUAGGUUUUUUUCUUCAUAACAUAUUCAGUUUUGAAUUUACAUGUAGUGUCAUGAGUAUUUGUAUUAUUGUUAACUAAAUGAUUUAUAUUUUACUGAUUUAAUAUUACAAUGUAAGAACGUCAGUCAUUGUUAGUUCUUGUCUAGUUUUCAUUAAAAGAACAAAGAUCUUUUAUAUGGAUAUCUUAUAAUUAUAUAAUCAUUGCUAAGUAAGAAGUUCAGUUGUUGCUAUCGCAACAAUCCUGGCAGACAAUUGAAUAAUAUUUUGAUGAUUUAUUUUGUUUGUAAUUAGUUAUUAUAAGAAAAUCUAGAUCCUAGAUAUUAGAAUAAAAUUUAUUUUCUACUGUAUCCAUUUCAAAUGUUAAAAUAUUGUUUAAAUAUUUUUUGAAAUCCCUGAAUAUCAGGCCUUGUUAUAAAUAAGCUGCAUAAUCAAUAGAUCAAGGGACUUUUUGUUGAUAAUCCAAAUACUCAAAGUUUACGUAACAAGAAUUAAAGCGUGUGUGCAAACUCUUGAGGGUUGAUUAUGCUGCAGUUUAGCAUGUGGGAACGUAUAGAGAGAAGGUUGACUUUUUGCACUUCUGUAUAUAGUCAAAAAAGAGAGAAACCUGUAUAAUAGUAAGAUCUUAUUUUGAAUAAAAAUGUCUAUAAUUACAAGGAGUUUUGUUAAGGCUAAUAAAAUUACAGGCUGAACAAAAUUGCUUGCAAAAGUGGCACAGAGUUAGCACUCCAUACCCCUUCAAAAAAGUUGCUUUGCUUUAUGUGGACAGCUUGUAGUUUGCCAGGAUUUUUUCAGCUGGAAAGAUAUGCCAUCCUUCCAAGAUCUCAUGACUGACAAAAGCUCCACUGGUUCAAAUCUGCCUGAAAAUCAUUACUUAAAAAGAAAAAAAAAAUUAAAAAAAAGCAGGUACUUCAAACCAUCAAGGUGAAAUCAUGGAUUAAAUAUUCCGUACAUUAUUCAAAAACUACUGCAUGUUUAAAGUAUCAAAAACAAAAAAAAAAUAAAAAACAAAAAAAAAUAAAAAACAAAAAAAACAACCAACAACUAUAUUAAGGAUAUAUUCUAUUCAAAGCAGUUUCUGACAAUUUCAGUGGUUUAUUGUUCACAAAACAAAAAUCUUCAAAACAGAUAUUGACUUUCACAAAAAUUAAAUCAUGAACAGGCAAACCAAACAGCACACUGUAGCUGUAGUUAUGUGAUUAUUUUUUAUUGUAAUGGUCCUGUUCUUUUAGCAGGUGAAAAACAAAAACCUAUCAAAUGUUACCAUUUGAAUGAAAAGCACUCAAGAAACCAUGUAAUUACAUAAGCCAAAGCUGGAAAUAAAAAUGAUUAGGCCAUUAUUUUAUGUGGAAUAUUCAGUAUUCACACUGAUUAAUUAAUAACGUUGCACUUACUUGCAACCCUGCAACUUUCAUCUGCUGAAAGGACAGAUGUGCUUGGUUUUACUAUUAUGUAAUCACAGACUUACUUUUUGCUUGUAGUUGCUGCAAAUUAUGUACUCUGUCCUGGGCUGCAAUUUGUUUCCAUGCUUAUUUUAUUAUUACUGCUAUAGUUGACCUUGCUGUAUGGAAAAAUAAAGUGAAAUUGCCCUAAUAAAA